AUGUUGGACGAGUCCAGACAUGAUCAAUGCGAGGAAACUCCCUUACUAGGCCACGACCACGCACCGGAGUCCGGCCAUUCCACCCGUGCUCGAUGGGUCCUCAUUGUCUUAAGCCUGGGUAUAAUCGCAGUGAACUUCGGCUCUUAUCUCGCCAUGGCUCCGCAGAUACAAAUAUUUGAGUAUAUCAUCUGCCAAAAACUGCACCCGGAAAUCGCACUUCUUACCCCUCAGGAGCAGAUUGACGCCAGAUGCAAGUCCCCCGAUGUCCAGGGGGAGCUGGCGCUCGUCAAUGGCUGGAAGGAGACGCUCGAUGCGCUGCCGGGAAUUUUUCUGGCUCUUCCGUUUGGUUUGAUGGCCGAUCAAGCUGGACGGAAGAAGGUGCUGAUGUUGAGCUUGAUUGGCUUGAUCAUUGAGGAGGUGGUGGUGCGGAUUAUUGGCAAGGCGAAUAUCUUCUUUCUCAUCUAUGCGUCAACCCAGGUAGCUGAGAUUGUCGCGAGCCCUCUGAGUGCCUGGCUCAUGUCCAGGACACCCUGGCUGCCGUACUUCCUGGGAGUACUGUUCAUGCUUUGUGGCCUAUGUGCUUCCAUAACUGUACCGGAGACGCUGCCCAAGUCGACCAAAUUGAGCGAGCCCGACACUGAAGACGACGAGGCUGAUGAUGACGCACCACGGACGGUCCGUUAUCGUCUAAAGGCCGUCUUGCAUCAUGCCAGGCAUCAGAUCAUGCAUCACAGCCGGUUCAUCUUCGCCGAUCGCAACAUUGGUUGUAUCUCCAUCGCCCUUCUGGCGGCAAACGUGGCUAUCCAGUCCCUUGUGAUCACGCUACAAUACGUCUCAAAACGCUUCUCAUGGUCGAUGGCAGAGGCAAGCUUUCUCAUCUCCCUGAAAGGAAUCACGAACCUCUCGGCCCUACUCCUCAUCCUCCCCGCCGCCUCCAAAGCCCUAGACAGAUUCCUCCCCCCUCUACGCCGAGACCUGCGCAUCUCCAUAGGCAGCAUCCUCACAAUUGUCGUUGGGCACGUCGUCAUGGCACUCGCAGCCAGCCCUACAAUCUUCAUUGUAGGUCUAUCGACCUCCUCGCUGGGAACGGGUUUCUUCCCCGCUCUACGCAGCGUUGCUACGGCAUUGGUGCACGAGGCCGAGAUAGGCCUUUUGGGAACGACAAUUGCCCUGACCCAGAGUAUUGGGGGAAUCGCCGCGGGGCCGAUGAUGGCAGGCACGUUCAAGCUCAGUAUGAAGCUGCACGGGAUAUGGCUCGGUCUUCCGUAUAUAUCAGCGACUGCACUCGUUCUGGUAGCCUGUUGGGCCACCUUGAUGAUCAGAGUACCUCGGUCGGUGUAG